UUGAUUUUCAAAUCGUUGAUCAAUCUAUACAAUUCUAUAGCAUUGGGAAUGGAAAAUACAAAAAUCAUUUGUUUUGACUUUGACAUUGACGUUUUUAAUUUUUAUCAAAAAUUGAAAUCGUUUAACAUUUGUGGUAUUUCUAUAAAAAAUGGCAGAUGUUUUAUCAGAAAUAGUACUACCAGAAGAUUUAAAGAAGUUUGAGAAAAUCUACCAUGAACAGCUAUAUAAAAAUGAUGUAACCCCUAAAGCUCAGUUUGAGUAUGCUUGGUGUUUAGUUAGAAGUAAAUAUCCAGCUGAUAUUCAAAAGGGUAUAAUGCUUCUAGAAGAGUUAUACAAAACCCAUGAGGAAGGACAAAGGGAUUACUUGUACUACCUAGCUAUCGGUAGUGCUAGGUUAAAGGAAUAUUCUAAAGCCCUAAAUUAUGUUAGAUCUUUUUUGUCGAUAGAACCAGGAAAUCAACAAGUUGUGAGUCUAGAGCAAACCAUUAAGAAAAAAAUGGAAAAAGAAGGGCUUGUAGGUAUGGCUGUUACCGGAGGCAUAGUUUUAGCCGUAGGCGCUAUCGUAGGAUUCGGUAUGGCUAUCGCUAGCAAGGCAAAGUCAUAGUUCUUCCAUUAAUUUUAAUUCUUCUUUAUUUAGUGAUUGGUACCAAAUGUAUUUAAAAAAUUUUUGUAUUUUUUUUUUGUGUAUAUAUACAAUGUUCUUCAAAAUUGUGUCAUUCCGUAGAAUAAUAUUCUUUUAGAAACAGGUUAAAACACUGCAUUUUUUUAAAUGUUUUAUUUUUCAAUACUCUACACAAUUUUGAAUAAUUUUGAAUUUUAUUUCGAUAUAUCUAUUAGCAUAAAAAGUGAUUUGCCUAAUACAAGUCAGAUGUGCAAUUUCUUCAAAUUUAUCUUAGCAUGACCUGCAACGCCACAACGAUACAGCUCGAGA